UGUGUGUGACAUUAGCUAGAACAUGGCGCUGUUAUGAAUGUUAUUUUGCAAUAGACAAAACGUUAUUUUUCAUAGAUGUAGUCAUGUCUGUGAAAACAAAUAUAAGAAGGUAGUUGGCAACUGUGUAUCAACGCGUAGAAGCGAGGUCGGCUGAAGCUCACGUCUCAGAGUGCCGCGUGAAGGAGAAGUGAGUGGCUUUCGACGCAGACAUGAUGGUCCUCACGCGAUUAAUUAGAGGCCGGACCCAUCCUGCAGGAUUUCAUAUCAACAUCCACGAGAGGCCUCCGCGGAUCCCCAAGAAAAGCAACAUGAUCAGGUCUUCCAGCACGCUAUGCACUAUGCUUGCUCCGUCAAGAACCGUCGGUCCCGCGUCAGAUCUUCGAGGAAAUGAAAUCUUUUGCUGCGUCGCCCUCCGUCCAUGGAACGUCGCUGGGAGGAGUCAUUUUGGCACGUCGACGCCCCUGGGAGAAGAUCGCCACGAUUCUUCUUUUAGUUUUUUCAUCCUUAGCAGUCAGGAUUUCGAGGAAGUGAAGGCGUUCUUGGCGCUGUAUUUCUUCCCCAAAGAACCUCUGACGAUAGGCGCUCGCUGUGAAGACUACGUAGACAUGAGUGAUCUUAUCUUGAAAUGCAUGUCGUCGGGAGUGUCCGUUGGUGCUCGGGACAAAGCCACGGGGGAACUGGUGGGCGUCAGGCUGAGCAGCAUCUUAUCUUCAAAGCCGAAGACAGAACCUCCGCCUGAUUCUAUCCCGCCGGAAGUGGCGAAGGUGAUCAAUAUGUUGAACCACCUGUGGGAGGCCGUGGACGUCUUCGAGGACCCAGGUGUGGAGCGCAUCAUGAAGAGCGACAUCCUCACCGUGCACACCGGUUAUAAUGGGCGAGGGCUGGCGAAGGCCAUGGUGGAGAGGAGUGAGCGCCUGGCCAAGGGAAAGGACUGCCACCUGCUGUACACACAACCCACAAACGCCAUCUCCGCUAGAAUCUUCUCUCAACGAGGUUACGACACAAGAUACACUAUUGACCUGGACACUUUGCUGGACGAGCAAGGCAACCGUGUAUUCGACACGUCGCUAAUGUUUGGCAACAAUGUUAUCAGAGUUAUGAGCAAACGCGUGGGGUCGGGGCAGUAGUGAGGAGUAGAGGGGGGGGGGGAUUCUCAUCUUUAUAGAUUUCAUGUUUCCUUUCAAACUCUCAUAUCUUGGCGUCGGAUUAUAAGUCUGAAUUGCCAAGUGAUGGUUUGUCUUGAAAAGCACACAAUAGUCAAUAGAAUCAGAACGAUAACAAGAAAUCGGCUUUGUGAGAUGAAACAGAUGAUAGGACCGGUACAGACAGCACUCUUUAAAAACUCAUCUAACUGUGAUUUAAAGGUUUGAGAGAAAUACGUGAAUACCUUGAUUAAUGAAUGAUCUUUGAGGUAGGAACAGCCUGCCUCCAUGAUGAUACAGCAUGUUUCUUGUGGUUGUUUGUCGGUGAUAAGGGUUCUGCACAUGACUCCGCAUUUCACUGUCAUUUGUACGAUAUCUAUUUCUAUCCCUUUUACAAGUAUGUGUUAUUGUAUGUCACUGAGGUCAUAUUAUCGAUUCAUGAAUUACGAAUUAAAUAUUUCAAAUCUGA